AUGUCCGAGGAGGGACCGAAGAUAGCGCAGGAACUCAUGGAAUCCGUGCAGCGAGCUUGCUACCAACAUGAAGGCACUCUGAACAAGUUCCUGAUUGAUGACAAGGGCAUGCUCUUCCUGCUGGUCUUCGGGCUGCCCCCGCUCGUGCACACGGACGACCCCACGCGAGCCGUGUUGGCGUGUUUCGACAUGGUCAAGGUCUUCAAGCGCCUCAAGCUUUGCGGCAAGUUUGGAGUUACCACCGGGCGAAGCUACUGCGGUGUUUGCGGCAGCGCCCGCCGCAUGGAGUACACCGUCCUUGGUGACUGCGUGAACCUGUCGGCGCGGCUCAUGUCCAAUGCGCCGGCCAACGGCAUUCUGUGCGACGACAUCACCCGAAAGCGCUCCACGACAGAGGUGAUCUUCAACGCGCUGGCGCCCAUCAAGGUUAAGGGCAAGGCCGCAAACAUCCCCGUCUUCCAGCCGGUGAAGAAAGAGUACAGCUCGGAUAUCGGCUUAAACAAAACCGGGAAGAUCUCAUUCCCAUGGCAUCAGAAUGCUUUCGGUGGAACCACAUCGGGAGGUCUCUCGGUUGCUGAGUUCCAGGAAGGAGUCAUCCGGCUGUGCAGCAUCAAGUCCUGGCAAGGCAUCUCCAAGGCUUCAGAGCUGCUCGGAAGCGGGUUCCGUCGUGAGAUCCACAACGAUCAGCCGGUCGACAUCCCGACUGAGCCCAAUCCGGCGGCCAAGCCACCGCCGAAGAGCCCCUUCAGCGAGGGUGGCGUGGUCGUCAUCGAAGGCGCCACUGGAACCGGCAAGAUCGAAACAGCAGAGCACAUCGAUUUGGCUAGUGCAAUGUACUUCGUGUGA